GGAGAAGCCGCUCUAUUUGUGAUUGAGAAAGCCAAGUGGGUUGACAAUGGUGAAGGAUUGUUCCUAUUCGAUACUUCUUCCGACGUACAAUGAAAGGGAAAAUCUUCCAUAUAUUCUCUAUUUUAUUGAAGAAGUCUUUGAAUCAAUGGGAGAACGUUAUGAAGUUAUCGUCGUUGAUGACAACAGCCCCGAUGGAACUUUGGAAGUUGCAAAGAAACUUCAGCAAGUCUUCGGUAGCGAUAAAGUUGUUUUGGCGCCACGCGCAGGAAAACUUGGAUUGGGAUCUGCUUAUUCUCACGGUCUGCAAUUCGCGAAGGGAAACUUCAUUAUUAUUAUGGAUGCCGACCUAUCUCAUCAUCCUAAAUAUAUCGCGGAUUUCGUACGCAAGCAACGAGAGGGUAGCUUUGACGUUGUGACAGGAACAAGAUAUCGCGGUGAAGGCGGAGUCUUCGGUUGGAACUGGCGACGGAAGCUAACAAGUGUGGGAGCAAAUCUUCUCGCGCAAUUGCUGUUGAAUCCUGGUGUGUCAGAUUUAACUGGAAGCUUUCGAUUAUACCGAAGACAAGCUUUCGAACAACUUAUACAUCGAACCAGAUCGAAGGGCUAUGUCUUUCAGAUGGAAAUCAUUGUACUCGCAAAGAAGUUGGGGUUGAGAGUUGGCGAGGUUCCUAUAGUGUUUAUUGAUCGACUAUAUGGGGAGUCAAAACUGGGUGGAAGAGAAGUCAUACAAUAUUUAAGUGUUUUCUUUUCGCAAAGAUCUGAACUGCUGUUUCCACGAAAGUACGAGAUUGAAUUCCGGAACACUUUCUGAAUCACCGUAAGAAUAUAUUUGGGAAACAGAAAAUUUUUGAAUUCAUUCUGUUCUCAACGUUUCCGAUAUCUACUGCUAGUUCCUUGUACAGAGUUGUAUAUAUCUGCAACUUAUGUACCGAGAACACUGACUAUUUAGUGAGAAUAGUUUGCAGUGAUCAACAAAGCUCUGUAUUAUAAAGAGUCGCGGUAUCUUUCGUCAGAAU